AUCAAUGCUGGUUGUCUUCUUUAUUGCAAGAAGAUGCACUGAACCAUGAAUCAACAGAAUGGCAGUUAACUGAUGGUUGUACCAUUGACAAAGAUUCAAUGCAGACAUCUCUCACCACAGAUACAAAAUUGGAAGGGGGCAUCCCAGAAAGAAAUGUAUGUGUUGAUAUUGUAGGCUUAAAUGCAGAGUCUCCAGUGACAUCUUCAUUAGGAGAGUUAGAUUUUGUUCAUGGGAAGAAACCCAAAUUGAAUGAAUCUCAUCAUAUGAUAGUUAUUAUAAACAUUAGAGAAUUUGAUGAAGAAAUGAUUGGUUUUCGCCGAAGUUCCUACCAAAAGAUUCUAGCUUUGGAAAAAGAGGGAUUACAGGUAGUAGAAAGGGAGUACUAUCUUCCAGUUGAUCUGAUAUUUGGCACUUCUGUCUGCUUAGUAUGGUAUACUGCAAGAAAGCUUGGGCAUUAUAAAUCCCUCUCACAAGACUGUACCAUAUCCACGGGCAUUGCAAAUGUGGCAGAUAACCUGUUAAUGUCACUGAGCUUUUCUUUUCAAGAUUGUAUAAUGAUCUUUGAAGGCGAGGAUACUUUUCUUACUGAAGUAAUUGAAACUUCAGAUGAUCUGUAUGCUUCUGCUGUUGGAAUGGGGAUCCGUUUGCAUUGUUUUGUAUCAGGAUCAUCAGAAACCACAGAUAAUAUACUUUUAAACUGCAUCAGAAUGGCAAGGAAAUUAACAGAAGUUUCUUAUCCUGUUAUGAUGGAAUCAGAAACACUAGGAGAAUUCUUUCUCGCAAAAUUCCCUUCAAUCAACCCUGUUACUGCUCAUGCAGUAUUAUCUUGUGCAGAUACCCUCUCUGAGUUUAUUUGUCUAACACUUGAACAUCGAAUACAUUUUAUGGCAAAAUUUGAUGUACUCAAGCUAAGUGCAAUUUUAUUCAGUGUACAGUGUAAAUAUGGUGAACUGGGAGAAACACAGUCUUGCACAACCGACUGCUCAUCAACUUUGACCUCACCUUUUAAUGGAGAGAGAGAUUAUGCUAGAACAGAAAUAAACUCAGACAAUCUGAACACCACAGUUAACAUUCAUUCAGAGGAUAUGCUUGAAAAUGACUAUUUAGAUACUAAUACGCCGUUUCUGUCCUUUGGAUUCAAACAGCAGCCUUCAGAGAUAUCUCAACGAUCAAAUAAACAGAUUUCAAAAUCAUGUGAAUUGGUUGAUAACCAUGAUUAUCACACAAAUUAUGAGCAUAUCGCAGAACUAAAUUGGGGCCGUACAUUGGAUGAUGCUAUUGGAUAUACAAACAGUGGCUUAGUUGAUGAGUUGAAUCUUUUUCCGGUCAUUGAAGAAUCAGUGAGCAUCUGCAAGAAUUCCCAGAAAGGAGCCUUUGGCAAACCCCAGUAUAACAUUUCUAGUGGAUUUUCCAACUCCAACACAAAUACUGAAUAUCCAUUAUUGGCGUCAUUAAAUAUUAGAAAUACUACUAAGCCUUCAAAUUUUGAUGUAUUCAACCAAUUGGAGCAGUUUCAGAAUAAUCUUCGACAGUAUCCAUCUUCUACCAAAAUUAAUGGCCAAAUUGAUCCAUGGAACAAUUCAAAUAAAUCUAUGUUAUAUAGUUUCAAUGUUGGAGCAACAAGAAAACAACCACAGUUGGAAAACAAUAUGGUACAUAUUUCUAGCUCCUUAGAAAUGGGUGGCUGGAAUGAUGAGGCAGGCAACUGGAAGCAAAAAUCUAUAAGAGAUGCUUUAGAAAGGUCACGAUCAGCAAAACAUCGGAAACUUUCUACUAAUUCUACAGAUGCAGUUUUUCGAAAAGAACCUGACUUAUCAUAUAUUCAGCACAAAUUUAGGGGAUCACAAGAUCUUUUGCAUAGGAUACCAAAUGAAUAUUCCUCAGCAGAAGGUAAAAAUAUGGUUUUGGAAAAUCCUCAUGUUUUCUCGUCCUGUCCUGGGCCCAGUCGAGGACACAAAAUUCAAAGUCCAUCUAUUUUUGAUAAUUACCAAUACCAAAGUGAGGUGGAAUCAAGAAUAGCAGGCAAGAGAAAACGGAAGAACCUUUUAAUGUACUUCAACAAGAAGUCUCCAGGAAUGAAAAUACAGAAAAACUCAGCAUCUUUAUCACUGCAGUCAUGGACUCCUGUUGACAAGAGGGCAAAAAAAGCAUUGACUUUUGUAAGAGGAAGUAAUAAGCAAAGCCGAUUAGUUUGGAGCAAUACAAACAAUUGAAGAUUAAGGAAAAAAAGAGUUGAUGAGAAGCUUGAGAUCUAACCAUCAAGGUUUAUGGCCAACAUUAUCCAAGAACUAUUUUUGGUGGGGAACUAACAAGUGUUUUACAGUUUGUUAUGUGCAUCAUAAGACCUUUGUCCUUGUUUUAAUUCUUUUAUACAUAUGAUAUUUUAGAGCCCAUAGAAAGAUUGGCUCUGUUUCUUAUAUUUCCUUGUGUGAUUUCUACGAGGAGAUGUUUCACUGUUGGCAGGAGAGUGCAUUUCUGUACUCUAGCAUGAAGAGAAAUGUAUCUUACGCAUAAAAGGUUGGGACAUAAUUUUGUGUUCAAGUUAAAGCUGUAUAUUGUUCAUAAAGCUGUUAAAAUUUGGCUAAAGAUUAAAGGUCUUAAAUAAUAGUGACAAGAAGCAUGAUGAGAAAGAGUCACUCCAUGCAACGUGCUAUCCAUGGAGAAAUUUAUGAGAUAUGCUAGAAUUAUAGGUCUGUUGGUCUUCCUUUUUUUGCAGUUUCCCUCAUUUUAAUCUUAUAAAUGCCUCUGCAGAAUGGCCACAUUUAUUUUUUCGUAGUAGAAAAAAC